AUGGAGUCAAAAGUAGCUGCAUUGGUCGUUCAGGAGACUUGGCAUUUAAUUUUUCACCUGACCGAUGCCAACAUUGUGACGUGCAAGUGAGUGUUUAUGCUCAAGUAUCACCCAUAUAGCUCCAUCGCUCAUCACAACGUUUGUAUGGUCGCUCGAGGCUUCACGCAAACAUAUGAGAUCAACUACACUAAGAUAUUUUCUUCUAUUGUCUACCUUAACUCCAUCUAUGUGUUCCUCUCUUUCGUCGUCAAUCAGGUAUGAUCUCUCCACCAAUUAGAUAUUUCUAACAUAUUUCUCUACAGUGAUCUCAUAGAGUAGGUCUUUAUAGAGCAACUUCCUAGGUAUGUUGCUUAGGGAGAGUCAUCAAAGGUGUGUCUUUUAUGACGUGUCAUUUAUGGGCUCAAGCAUAGUCCACGUGCUUGGUUCGUUAAGUUUAGUAGUUUACUCACCACCUUCGGCUUCGUCUCUUGUAUUGUAGACCCCACCGUGCUCACGAAAAAAAUAGAGGGCGGCCUUAUCAUCCUUAUCAUCCUAUGUCGACAACAUUCUUGUGACUGAAAAUGAUGAGGUCGACAUCUCUACUACUAAAACUUACUUGUAGUAGCACCUCAACAUUUGUAACUUAGGGACUCCAUUGUAUUUCCUUGAGAUUGAGUUUGUAUAUCAAGACGGAAAGGUCGCCCUCACUCAAUAGAAGUAUGCCCCGACAUAUUUCAGGAGAUAGGCCUCCUUAGGUGCAAGUUAGAGACUUUGUUCAUAAAAGUUCACCUACAGUUCUAUGACACUUCAUCUCCCCUACUUGAAGAUGUUAAUGGGUAUCGAUGAUUGUCGGUCAAGUUGAUAUAUCUCAUCGCCACUCACCCUGACAUUAUGUACAUAGUUAAUGUAUUGAGUCAAUUCAUUUAAGAGUCUCAAUGAGUUUAUUAGGAGGGAGUUGUACGAAGCCUCACCUACAUCAAGUGAGCUCUAUAGAAAAGACUCAUUUAUCAGUAACACAGUUACCUUUUUUAUAUUACAGUCUACUCUGA